AUGCCUGCAGAGUAAGAACAGAGAAAAAAAAAACACAAAACAAAACAUUGCAUGAUAGUCUUUAAGCAGUUCCAUCUGUCAAGCCGAAAUUCUAGGCUAAUAGCCCGUGGCGCUCCAGCCUGCAGUCCACUACCUGCCUUUGUCCUAUUAAAUCUCUGAGUUCCUCCAAAAAAAAAAAGAACAGAAACUUGCAGACCCAAGUGAACUGUGUGAUGAAGCCCUAAUUUAAACCGCCUCACUUUGAUGUUGAGGAGUAGGUUCAUUCGCAGACUUUUUUUUUUUAAAAGACAGCUCUGGGAGCAGAUGACUCCUCAUCUCCAGUUCACCUUGCCACGGGGUCUGCGAGAGAUUGGUUCAUUGUCAAGGAGAUUUUUUUUUUACCCAUGAUUCCAUAUGGUAUGGACUGGGCUACAUGUUGCCCAACAUGCCAGUGCAAAUGUUUUCUCAAUUAGGUGUCUUAUCUCCGGUGAGUUAGCAUCAGAUGAAGCUUGCUGACAGCAUAAUGGCAGGGAAAACCUCCGAAGGCUCCAUCAAAUGGCAGCUCUGCUACGACAUCUCGGCCAGGACCUGGUGGAUGGAUGAAUUCCAUCCGUUCAUAGAAGCUCUCUUGCCUCAUGUCCGAGCGUUCGCCUACACCUGGUUCAACCUGCAGGCCCGCAAGCGCAAAUACUUUAAAAAGCACGAGAAGCGAAUGUCAAAGGAAGAGGAGAGGGCGGUCAAGGAUGAACUUCUCAGCGAGAAGCCCGAAGUGAAGCAGAAAUGGGCAUCCCGGCUCCUGGCAAAACUGCGGAAGGACAUCCGCCCAGAGUUUCGGGAGGAUUUUGUUCUCACUGUCACGGGGAAGAAACCCCCUUGUUGUGUGCUCUCCAACCCCGACCAGAAAGGCAAAAUGCGGAGAAUUGACUGUUUACGUCAGGCAGACAAGGUGUGGAGGUUGGACCUGGUAAUGGUGAUUUUAUUCAAAGGUAUUCCCCUUGAAAGUACUGAUGGUGAGCGGCUUGUAAAGUCCCCACAAUGUUCCAAUCCUGGGCUGUGUGUACAACCCCACCACAUAGGAGUUUCAGUAAAGGAACUCGACUUAUAUUUGGCGUACUUUGUCCAUGCAGUGGAUUCAGGCCAGUCUGAAAGCCCAAGCCAGCCGAGUGAAGCUGAUAUCAAGGACCAGCCAGAAAAUGGACACUUGGGCUUCCAGGACAGUUUCGUCACAUCAGGUGUCUUCAGCGUCACUGAGCUCGUUCGAGUGUCACAAACCCCCAUCGCUGCAGGGACGGGGCCUAAUUUCUCCCUGGCGGAUCUGGAGAGCUCCUCGUACUACAGCAUGAGCCCGGGAGCCAUGAGGAGGCCUCUUCCUAGCACGUCUUCAAGCAGCUCAGCAAAGCGCAUCAAGUGCAUAGAGGAUGAGGUGGACAGUCCAGGGGAAGAGUCCUUUUACCCAGGACAGGGGCGGUCGCCGGGCAGUGGCAGCCAGUCCAGCAGUUGGCACGAAGUGGAACCAGCUGGAUAUAAACUGCGUGGCUCGCUAGCUAGUACGUUCAUCACAAGACAAGGAAUGCCAUCGCCUACUACAUUAAAGAAGUCAGAGAAGUCUGGUUUCAGCAGUCCCGUGCCUUCGCAGACCACCUCCCCCAGAACGGCAUUUACACACCAUCAUCGGCCUGUCAUUACAGGACCCAGAGCGAGUCCACACGCCACGCCGUCAACUCUCCAUUUCCCGACGUCGCCAAUCAUUCAGCAACCCGGCCCCUACUUCUCCCACCCAGCCAUCCGCUACCACCCCCAGGAGACCCUGAAGGAGUUUGUCCAACUUGUCUGCCCUGACAGUGGUCAGCAAGCUGGACAGCCCAAUGGAAGCAGCCAAGGCAAGGUGCACAACCCAUUCCUUCCUACGCCCAUGUUGCCACCCCCGCCCCCUCCGCCAAUGGCCAGGCCUGUGCCCCUGCCGGUGCCAGACUCUAAACCCCCCUCCACGUCCACCGAAGGAGGAGCCAACUCCCCCACGUCUCCCACCUACUCCACACCCAGCACCUCCCCUGCCCAGAGGUUUGUGAGCGUCGGCCCACGAGACCCCAGCUUUGUAAAUAUUCCUCAGCAGCCACAGUGGUAUCUGGGUUAAAGACUCGAGAUUCUCAUCGCCUGCUUGACAGACCACCUGACCCCUACUGCCCCCUCUGAGCGUGAUCCGCCACACACCGUGGACCUCUCUGCUACCGAGACGAGGAGCGUGGAGUGCCCACCGCGACCUCAUCGCCGCCCCCUCCACCAAGAGCAGCAUGGCUACAGCAGAACCCGUCCCAGACCAUAGAGGAAUCGACGAUACACAUGCAUAAGAGUAUAGACAGAAACGUGCGCGCAGUCAAUCUUGAGCCGAACAACUGAUUGGAGGACCACUGAAGUGCUGUUCUUUCUGGAUAAGUGGAGUUUCAGUCAAAGGUCUUGACCAUGGGGAGAGACACAAACUGACUGAGGAGCAGCCUUCAACACAGCGGGUCUUAAAUACAGGUUUGACUGCACAAAGGGCGUCUGUAUAUCUUAGCUAUGGGUUUGCGGGUCCUCAAAGCAAUGGAAGACUCAGGCUCUGUUUCAUUUUGGUUUUCGUUUUUGUUCCUGGUUAUUUUGCUUUGUUCUGUUUCGUAUUUGCAGAAGUUUUCGCUGGAUCGAUUCCCGCCAGCCAAAGCUUUUUUUUUUGUGCAAGCACUACAGAGCCUUGGCAUUUCAUCGGGCUUUGACCCAACAUUUGACAACUCGACAAGAGUUCACAGUGAAGCCAUGCUGAAUGUACUGUAGGGAAAAAUUCUAGUCAAUGGAAUAGAAUCUAGGCUUUCCUCCGACAUAUCACAGAGAAAAAGAUUUUUUUAAAAUCUCAGCUCUUUUCUGGGGGGGGAGGGUCAGUUUUGGAUAUAGGUCAAUUGGAAGAAUAUUAAUCAAAGCAUGAAGGCAGGUUUCAGCGUGUUUUCACAGGAGGCGUACAUGAAAAGUCCUAUCUGGGUGUGAAUUUAUAUGCAGCAGUCAAUAUGAGAUAUUUUUGUUUCCUGUUAUUUUCUGAAUUAACACAGGGCCCCCACAGCUUUUUAAAAGCAUGUUAUUUCCCAAUGGGGAAAGAUGGUCUGUUUUUCUAUAGAAACUGACAACACAAAACAAAACAGCGAUAAAAGGCAAACAGAGGAAUUUUGAAUUGAGUAAAGUGCAAUUUCAUUCGAUAGUUAUUGGAUAGGUAAAUAUCUUUGUAAGAUAGUGAUUGUUGAAAAUUCUAUUUUUGUUUUGUUUUCUUUUCCUAGUCCGGUUACCCCCAGGACUCUAAAAUAUCGGGGUACAAAAAAUUUAAAAAGAGAAAAAAAAUCAGAGCCUUGCUAGUAAAAAAGGGGGAGCUUUUUUUGCUACUUUGUUUUUGUAUGAAUAGUAUUAUGUUACUUAUAAUCCCUUAAAAAUACAGAAAGUAAGAGUUACAAAACAGAAUUCAAAAAUAAUCUUGGCGCUUUUUACCAGAAUAUGUCUAAUUAUUACAUUCAAAUGCUAUGUAAUCACAUUCUUUUAACAAAGCACAUACAAUGUUUGCGUCUUGUUCAUUUUUCACAAGGCAAAACUGCAGAUACGCUAUGUAAUUAGGGUUAGUACACACAACUCUCCCAAACCAAUUCACCUUGUCUCCGUUUGAAAAACCUUUUGGUUCACUUGUGUGCUUCACUUUGAGGAGAAAAGAUGAGAAAUGCUUGUUAAAGCACUAAUUCCCAGUCUGUCCACUGAGUUAGAAAACAUGUAGUGGGGGAGUGGACCCAUUAAAAAUAAAGCGUAAAAAAAAAUCUCAUCAAACAACAUUUGCAACCAGACAGCGAAGCUUUUCAGUUGCUUCGCAUGCAACUUUUCAAGUUUUUUUUUCUAUGCUAUACAUAUAUUUACACUCUUGACCGACUCUUGAGUCGAUCCAAAAAAGAAAAAAAGAAAAAAAAAGAAUAAUCUGCAUGUUCUAGUGUUAGUGACUAAUUUUUAUAUAGAUUAUGUAGAUUUAACGUAGAGUGAUUAAGACACAAUAUUGUAAUUCUGAAUCCAGGCACUUGCCGAUAAACUAGAUUUGUUUGGCCCGCGAAGAAAGGGCUUUUUACUGCUGUCCUCUACAAUCAACAAGCUAAAAGUCUUUCAAAGACAUUUUGCUUAUCAUUGUUUUGUUUUCUUUAGCCCUUGCAAUGAAAUAAAUAUUUCGUUAUGUUCUUGAAUUGCACGAAACAAUUGUUCCUCAUCAAUGUGCCUUGAAUGGUGGUUAUGUCCUGAAUUGUUGCACAAGUUCCUACGUGAAUUGUUUUUUUCAGUUCUGCAUUUCACCCCAUAGUGUAGGACACUGUAAUAAUGUAUGUCCACUCAUUGUAACACAUCGGUCCCUGAUAAAAUCGAGACUUUAAUUCCCUUCACCACCAACCAAUUACAGGUGUUGAUAACCUUUGCUUCCAUGCUUUUGCUCUAAUUUGGAAUUAGAGCUCUAAUUUGGACCCAUAUUUUGAUAUCGACGCAACACUAUAGAGUAUAGAAACAAAAGCAAUACAAAACUCUGUUUAGGACAAGGAAGACUGUUAUGUCGGUUAACAAUUUGAUUUUCUCUUUUUAAGUCUCUAGUUUUUCUAGGAUAUCUAGCCCAGCCAGAAAAAAACGACCGACAGAAGUCAUAUGAAUGAAAAAUAUAUAUUUGCAUAUUUUAAGACAAAAAAUCAGAAGAGUUUUCUGACUGAGGAAGAGGCAAAAAUAAUCCAUGCAUCAUUUGCAAAGUUACAGCCAAAAACAUCUUGACAUUUGUUUGGUCAAGCUCAAAGUACAGAACACAACCUUAAAAAAUGUACGCUGACUGGUUAUAAAUGUUGAAAUUGAUAUUGCUAUUUCUGUUUCUGGUAAAAGUAAAUGUCCUCCUUUCUACAAUUCACAGUAAAAAACAGUACGAUAAUCGGUUGUGCGUUAUAAUUAGUGUUGAAUGCCCUUAUCAAUUUACACCAGAACUGAAACUUAAUAAGGUAUCUGGCUAAAUGGAAUCUCAGUUUGACAAAAUAGUGACGGUGUUUUGCAAGUCCACUUCCGUGUGAAUUUUGGAAUUCCAGUACGCCUGGUGUCUGCAACCCUGCUAAUUUAUAAAAACACUUACUUCUGUGUAAUUACUGAUACUAGCAGUAGUUGACCCGAACAGCCCUUAGACAUUCUGUGUAUUCAAAUAGGUAACUGCUUGUACAGUAUUCCAUCAAAACCUUUUAAAGGGCCCUAAACAGAGGUCUGUAUUAUGUUUUUCAUCCCCGUUGUGUCGUUGUCAAAAUAUGUUACCCAGAGAUCAAAACUAGCCCAGUGUGCUGGUAUAGCUGAUAGAAGCGUGUUUUCACGUGUGUACUGUAGGUCAUAUUUACCCCAUCCUCCCAAGAGUUCAGUGCAUUUACUUGCUAGUAUAAUUAUACUUAUGGACGUUGCAACAAUUUCUAAAAAAGAAAUUCCUUCAUUUUUGAGUCUUCCCAUUUUGUGUUCCAGAAAUGACAAAAAAAAAUAUGCAAUACCCAUUUGCACUCAUAUAGAAAUGUUCGUCUGUUUUAGAUUUAGGGCUGCGCUAGACUCAAUGUUUUUCGGUGGUUGUCUUUAUUGGUUAGGGACAUUGAAGGCAUACUUCUUGAAGUCACGGUCAAAUACGCAACCAUUAAAUUGGAUAUGGCUCUCAAGGUUUCUAGAAAAAUUGAAGCUAGAUAUUAUAUGUUUUGUUGUUUUUUUUUGUGGUCACAAGCAAGCCUUAAAUAAACCAACUUCCUCUCCGUCACAGAUCCCACACCCAUUUUUAUUGACAGACUAAAAUAUCAUAUUCAAGAAAAAAAGAAAAGCCCAUUUUUAUACGUACGUUUGACAGAUUUCCAACUCCUUUGAACUGUUUACUGAUUCCCUGUUUCUAUAUAUAUAUGACUAUAUAUAUAUUAUUAAAAAAUUAAAUGAAAAGUAGGGGGGAUUAUUUCCUAGAUGCCUGAUGUGAUCACGUAGUUGUUACUCUUGCGUGGGUUGUGCGAUUGUGUAGUGUGUGAAUUUUUGUUUGGUCAUUAUACUUAACAACCCCUUAGCACUUAGUAGGGCAUUACUUUCUGACGUAUGUGCACUAAAUAUGAAAAGCAAAUGACAACGACACAAGAAUAUCAAGAACAUAAAGCUUCCAGAGCUUCAGAUCUAAGGGAAAAUAAUAAAUUGCACGGACAUUUUUGUCAUAAAAGCCUAUUUGAACAGCCAAGCAUUUAAUCAGCAGAUUUGGUUGUUUAUGUAACAUAAGAGAAGAUUGCACCCUUUGUUUUUUUUAAAAAAAGAGAGAAUAAUAAAGCAAUAGGUGGGGCAGUUUGUCUUUAUUUUUUGAUGCGUGUGUAAUUUAGUUCUUGCUACACAAGUGAAGAAGAACAAUAGACAUAAGAACAAUUUGGAUGUUUAGCCUCUCAAUGUGGAAGACUUGUAAUUUGUAUGUUGUAUAGUUUUAUUAAUUACACUGAUUUUUAAAACUGCCCUAUUUUAUAAUGCAGGACUUUUGUAACAUUGUUUAAAUGAGGAAAAAAUAGUGUCGUGAAUUUUAUGAUUGUUUGUAUUAAGGCCACAUUAAUAGAAUUGCUUUUUAUUUGUUCUCUGGGAACUGGAUUUAAGUUAAAAACUUUCCUGUUUCCUUUUUUUUUUCUUUUUGUAUGUAUUUAAGUACUUUUUUUCUUCUUUGAAUGCAAUGGCAUAUUCCCAUGCUUACAAAGUAUGGGACACAGAGAUAAUACCCAUUGUAAAUGGAGGUUGCAAGUAUGCUGUAUGUUUGGAAGGCUAUGUGUUUCAACAGUGUUGGUGAAGCUACGUUUAGGUAAUUCUGAGGAAAUUUGCAAGAAAAUGCAUUUUCUUUGUUUUUUUUCUUUUUAGUGUAGGCAGAAGACAAUGACAUAGGCAGCCAAAGGAUGCCAAGUAUUAACUGCAUUAAGGCGUCUUUUUGUAUUCAGCAUUCCAUACAGGAAAAUAAACGGCUUGACAUGCAACCAGAUUCUUCUUCCUUUUGCCCUGCUCUUCAAAGGACAACCAGUGGAAGUUACAUGGCUUUGAGUUACUUCAGGAAUCCAUUCCAUGUACUCUUCUCUGGUGAUUUGGUUUAUUGAUCCCAGUGAACCUCCUGGAACACUAAAAUUGUUUUACCUUGAAUUCCCUAUCCCUUCCACUUUUUUUCCUGUUGCCAAUAUUUAUUGCCCCACUUAGUCCCCACAAGUUAUUUCGGGAUAUCCACAACAGCAGAUUUUGCACCUCUUGAGUCCAACCCAUCAAAGAGAUUUGAUGUUGAUUUUUCCAUUUGUACAGCUCUGGACAGCAAAAAAUGUGGACAUCUUUCCAAAGAAUGAGAAACUUCUGUGGCCGGCCUAUAAAACUGGUCUCCUAACAAAGAUAUUGCACCAUCCACUAAAAAAUGAGAACAUUUGCAAAUGAGAGGAAGCCAUUUGACUCUCUAACUUGUUUAGAUUUGAACACCUAAUUGACCCAAGGAUCUCACCUAGACAACUUAAAUGUUCAUGAAUUAUUGAAUUGAGGAAAACGUUUGCUUACUGCUGUCUGUAGAGCAAUUUAAAAUUAUUGUAUACCCAAAUUCAUUGGAAAAUACAACUCCCACAGCAGGAAAACAUUAUUUUCUGUAACAUUUGCUUGGAUUGAGGUAAUCAAAUGCUAUAUCUUUUCUUUUUUUCACAAAAGCUGUCUAGUGCAAUUUCUUCCUUUCUGAUUGGAGGUUUUUUAAGGCAAGGCUCGGAGCAAUGUGAGAUCAUCAAAAACACUCCUUCCCAGGAUGCUAAUGGUUGUGAUCUGUGACCUCUGAAAUGCCACCUCUGUGGGAAUCCCGGCAUGACUCAUUUUCUGGAUUUGUGCACUCUGUAAUGGGACAGACCUAGGUUGGGGUGAAGGCUGGAAUUAGGUUUGGGGUGCAAUUUAUAAGGAACUAAGGAAUCUUUGAACUGGUGAGCACCCUAGAAGUUACAGUAGAACUGACUGGGUCCUUACCUGGAUAUUUACUGUAUCAGAGCAAGUCUUGCAGACACAUUGUAAUUGCAAACCACAGCCCCUGUUCCCAUGGAACCCUGUGCAUUGCCUGGAAUAAGAAAGAUAAUAAUAAGCACCAGGUUUCUUUUCACACCUGAGACUAACCCCAUCCUUCACACCCAACAAAAAGUGGUUAGCCUGCGAUCAAACAGGGUGCUGAUGUACAGUAGGGGUUUCAACUUGUUAAACUGUGUUGGAAAGCACACUGAUAACCGGAGGAGGUUGAAUGGGUUCUUGCUGCGAGUCUGUAAUCCCCAGUGUCAGACAGUAUACAGAACGGGAGGUGGGGCUAGAGAAGAGAUCUGUAAAGCCCUUUUGAAAUCAAGUGUCAAUGUACUGGCUCUACUCUCCUCAAAGGAACCAGAUACUGUAAUUCAAACCAAGAACUCGUGUGCACAGAUAUGUUCUGUAUUAUUUAAUAUACAGUAGGUGCAACAGUUGGGUGAUUCACAAAGCCAGUUAUUUUCUAAAAAACUCAAGGAACACACUAUAAAUUGUGACACCCCCAUGAGAGACAGCUAAGGAAUUUACAGAUAAGACUCGAUUCAAAUUUUUUAAGUAGUUAUCCAAACAGUUAGUCUUUCACUUGUCGGUUAGUGUCCUGUAUACAUAUGCCUUAUUUUGUGCACAUUAAAUAAAAUUUUCUCACUGUACAAAAAGGAAUCUCUAAACAAUGUACAGUGAACAACAAAAAAUCAGGCACUGAACUUUGCAGCGCUGCUAAAACUAUGGUUAAGAGGAAGACAACUAUUUUAAGGUACUGUAUGCCAGUUGACUUUCUCUGCUCAAAAUCUUCCAGUCUGGUGCCAUUCAGGAGCUGGGUCAGGACAUUUCACAGCAGGGACUUCAGUGGCUUCUUCCCACUAAAAGGAGAUCCCUUUCUCGUCCUGUAUACAGUAGGUGUGUGAGAAGAACACCUUAUUGAUGCAUAUGCAUUGAAAACUAAAACUUGGGGCUUCCAGAAAAAAAAAAAGUUGCUGAAAAUUUCUUUGUGUUGGUUUUUCACAUAAAAUUCCACAUUUGCAAUGCCUGACUAAAAUGGGACUUUUAUAUAUUUUUUUAGAUGUUGGAUAGCCGCAGCCAAAUUUGUUUUUACAAGCCGUGAAACUUUAAAACUGGCAUCAGCAUAGUGGCAACAUUAGCGGAUCAUGAUUAGUCGCCAUGCUUUGCAGUCAGUGUCUUCCAUUAAUGUCCCUGGAAAACUCCUCGUGAAAGGCACGUGUCUAAUCUGCCCGAAACGUUUUUCAAAGCCUGUUGAAUUAGGAACAUGACUUGGAUUAUGACUCGGAUUAAAUCACAGUUACGGCUCUGUCACCACUGUCUAGAUUGCAGUAUCUCUAGUUUGAUACAGUCCACAAUCUGUGUUAUAUCACACGUAUCAUGCCACACUGCAGGAUUCCGGUCUGCAAAGCCUUGGGUCAGGAAAAUGCAAACACUUUAAGAGUCAUUUUACCGUAGGUGGUGAUCUUUUAAAUAACACCUAUGCUGGUUUAAAACAUUUAAUGUAUCUACUUUCUAAUUAUUUUGAGGGAGUGGAAUCAAAUUUCUAGUAUCUGAAAAUCCUGACACAUUCUGAGUGGGUUAUUACAGGUGUCCUGAAUGCCAUAAAGCAAAACAGAGCCCUGCUGUCUCCUGAGGAUAUUACAGAAGGAAUCUGGGCUCAAGGAGAAGGUCUGAAGAAAGGAGCUCACUGUCAAACCUUUCUGAGCUGUUUAUCUGACAGUUUUACCCAGAAAAAAAAAAAAACCAUUUGCUCAGAACUCAGAACUUGUUGUUGAAGUGGGAUUAAACCAUGAAGGCGGUAACAUGGCUGUUAAAGGUUUGCUUUCCAACAGCACAAAUGAAUAUCUCCCUCAGCUUCUGCUUUUCUUCUGCUAAGAAUUUGGAAGGAUGCACAAGAGCCUGCAUUCUCUCAGUCCCCAUGUCCUCCUUUCGAUGUGCUUUCUGUUUUUGUUUUUAGUUUCCAUAGCACAGAGCUGAUUAAUCUAUGUAUCGACCACAGCCUACACAAUUCUGCCAUUGUUUUGGAAAUGGGAGCUGAAUAGUUUGAAUAGUUGUAUGGUUUGGAAAUUUAUGUUUUUUUGCUCUGAGCUAGACAUCAUCAGCAACCCCCAUCACACCUCGAGGGGCAAAUCUUCCUUAUUCCUUGAUUUAAUGACAGAAUUCUGAAGGUGACACCAGGAAUAAACCAAAACAACCAAGCAAAGGAGUGACAAAUCAGCUUAAAAUUAUUCUGAUGUGUAUCCAUGUUUCAGUGUCUUUGAAAAUUAUUUUAAAGUAUCUUUUCGUUAUUUUAUAUUUUCUUGUUAAAAAUAAAGAAAGCCUCCCUAGAUCAAAAUCCAUAUUUUCUAAUGAUGGAAUGGUGUUUUAAAGGUGAUACAGUAUGUGCCCGUAUGCUAAUGGCACAAACUUGUAGAGCUUCAAUGACACCUGAGGUCAGACUCCAAGGAAACAGAAAGGGUCUAUCUUUUAAGAAGGGUGUUGCUUCUCCAAAUAAAUGGAAUUGAGAAUAAAAUUAAAAAAAGACAAAAAUAAAAUUGUCACCUUGGAAUUGGUGCAUUCAGACUUGACAGUAUUGGACAUUUGAGUUCUACUCUAAAUUAAGAACCAGAGCAACAAAAAUUCUUAACAUCACUUGAAAGAGCCCAAAACAACAAGCGAAAAUAAAAACCUGAAGCAAAACAAAGCUGCCUAUCUUAAAAAAAGGUGCUUUGAUGUACAAACAGGUAACAUUGAAGCUGUUCCAUAGCACUCAACUGUAAUGAGAAAAAGUGUCACUGAUUCUGUAAUAAAAAGACUUUUACCGUUUUAAUGCAAAUCCAUUACAUGGUGCUAACACAGGCUGGCAAAGAUGAAGCUAAACUAAUAAUGUGACAAUUUGGACUCAUCACUCUGCUUUCUGACAGCAUACAAAUGCAUAGCAGUGUUUUAUCUGCAUGAGAACUAUGCACUAAUCUAUCAUAUAUAUAUUUAUAGAUAUAUAUAAAAAAUGGUAAACUUUGGUAUCUACUUUUUUGUUAACUUCAGCCUUUGCCUUCUCUUUUGAUCAAUGUUUUUUCAAUGCCAGCUUUAGGACAGAACGAAUUAUAUGAAAAAUUAAAAAAAGAAACCAGCAUAUUACCUGAUAUAUAUAAAAAAGACAAAAAAAUGUAGUGCCUGUGAAAACUGUAUUAUAUUGCUCUACUGAAUAAUGGAUUUUCCUCUCUACACCAGUAGCCUUUGCUGUCUGUCAGAGCCUUCUGAUUAUAGCUGAUGUACAAUAAACUUAAGGUAUUACUGCAUGCUAUUCCAUAAUUGCUUAGUGAGCUGUUAUGAAUAUUACUCAAGAAAAAAAAAAUGUUAUUGUUAUGUUAUUUUUUUUCUCCCCAAAUUCUGCUUGAGUUCUUUUUAGUUCUGGAGAUGUUUUACUGACACUGUGUUUCCUUGUUCAGUUGUUUUUGGUGUUUUCAGUGUCUUUAUUUAAAUUUUCUUUCCUUUGAUCUACCUACAUGCCAAGACCCAAGACAUCACCAUUUACAUGUAAAGGUUUUUUGUGUUCCCUUUCUUUAUUCUUUUGUCUCAUCCAUUCAUCCAUUUAUUUCUUUAGGGGUGAAUAUUGGUACUCAGAAUCGGAAGAGUGUCUCAGAUAGAGCAGUAACUUCAACUAGAGUGCCCUGGGCAGGCUUUGCAAUCCCCGAUCAUCCCGGUUCAGAGGCAAAGAGUGUGUGUUAGCAAAUGGCUAACUUCAUUGCUGUUUUCAAAGGGUGGUUGAACCCCAAAAGAAAACUGCUUUAUUUGCUGGGAUAGUCUUAACAGUUUUUUUUUUUAACUGCCAAGAAUCAAGAUGUCUUUAUCUUUUGCAGUACAUUCAGCAUUAUAGGAGAUUAUGCAUUUACUGAACUUAGUCUGGGAAGACUGAGCCACUGAGAUUCCUGACAGUGAGUGAAACUCCCAGGACCACAAGGUGCACAGUAGAGACUCAGGAGGUCCAAUAAUCAUGGCAUCCAUUCAGUCAGGAGCCCUUGUAGGCAGUUGCUAUUAUCACCCAGAAGAUAGCAACCUACGUACCUCUACCUUACAGUCCCAUGGAGUUCUGUAUUCUUGACCAAGUGGUCAGCUAAACUCUCGUUAAACUCCUCAGUGAGUAACAAGAUUUUCAAACAGACCUUGGCAAUCCUCAGGUUUUCUGACAGGUAAGAGACAAAAUAGCUUUUCCAGAAGAUUGUUCAAAAACAGAUUGGGUCACCGAAUGUUUCUAGUUGUCAUUAGAUCCUUAGAUAGAAUGCAAAUAUUCACUGUGAUGUUCUUUACUAGGACACGAUGAAGCGGUGAGCAAUGAGAGGUGACUAGGGAAUGGAGAACUUAGUUAAAUUGCCAUUUAGAUUUAGGAAAUUGGUGAGGUACUUCUUACUUAAUUUAAAGGUCUGUUUUGGAGUUGUGCUAUCAGUGUGUUGGCUUGAGAGAUGUUUAAAGAAGCCGAAACUGUGGAAGCAGUGUUCUGCCAUCCUCAACCAUCUUUCUACCCCUGACAAAUUACAAAUGAGGUGGACUUCAGUCUUCGCCACUGUCAAUCAAAACAUUCUGCACAUGUCCAGACUGCUUAACACUGCUUACAAGGACAGGCAUGCCGCUCACACACUUCAGUGAUUGCAUCCACAGAUUUGAAAUGCCAGGACAUUCUAAACACAUUUGAAAUGAUGGAGGUAUUCUGUGAGUCUGUGAGGGUGAAGUGAAUACUUACUUCUAAGUGAUCUUAAUCAACACCUGCGAUCGAUGUUAAUUAGAAAAAAGUAUUGUUACCUCAUCUGGAGGAUAUUAAAUCCCCCAAUAAUACAAUAUUUAUUUGCGUAUAAAGACAAAAGGAUUGCACAGCUUUAGUACAGAAAUAGUAGUUACAUAAACAAAACGGUCAAAUUCAGGGUGACCUGAUGACUGGACACAGGAGUGAUUGCAAACACUAGAUCAAUUUGUUGCACCUAUUCCUUUGAGCAAGCAUGCAGAUAUGUAGUCUGUCAAGGACUUCAAAUUUGGAACAUCUCAGAAGACAGAAGAAAACCGGGGACACAUAUAGCAUUUUUUUAUCAUGGGAUCUGUUUUGAAGGAUCUGUGCUUGAAUGAUUUUGACUUCACUGGCUAUUUUGCCACUGCUAAUUGAGCAAUACUGCUGUCUUUUUUAAGAGGUGCAAAACAUCAGAAACCACCCAGUCGUUUGGUGCUUUCGCAAGGCCUGCCAUUCCACGCUGUAUGUUUCAAGAAAAGACAAUCAUUAUGGUGGAAAUAAGAAUCCUGUGUGUAAGAAGCAGUUUGGAGUUUUACAUGGCAUGUAGUACCAAUGUCCACCUCUACCUCUCUUCUGCCCCUGUUCAUCAAAGAUCAGACCCAUGUUUCCUUCAAUCUUGCAUGCAUUUCACUUAUGUUUGCUUUCUUUUUUCUUUCCCCUGCCAUUGGACAACAGAAAUAUGUUUCAAGAAAAAAAAAAUUAAGGAAAAAAACCUUGUGCCUCUAUUACACCUGUAUUGAUCUGAAUGGUUACCAUUAACCUUCCAUUGUUUGUGUACAAUGUAACUAGCUCCAUUGGUGGUUAAAGAUCAUUGUGUCCAUCCUUUUCACACUUGACUAAAUUCACCACAGAUAUUUACAGUUUUGAAAAGAAUCUUUACAGUUUUUAUUUUAAACUGGUGUGGAUUAGUUUUAUUGAAACAUUAGUGUGACCACCUUCUCACAGAUUCAGUUACUGGAAGCAAGAUCUGCAUUUCCUAUGCAACAGAAAAAAAAAAGAAUAAAAAAAUGCUAAUGCUACA